AUGAAUAUUAUUACCACAAACAAUUCCAUACGGGAAGUGCAUACAGAUUUAUUAGAUAAACUUUUGGAUUUUAUCAAAUAUGAAGGUGGACUUGAUCGGUGGAGGUUAUUUAUUGGACGUAUCACAGGAGCUCCGUAUCCAAAAGGUGACGUGGUGGAAGAUUUUAACAUUCUGGAGGCAAAAGGACAUUUGGCACCUGGAAAAUAUGAUGAACUUUUAAAACAUUUCGAGCCAUUAAUCGGCAGAAUUAUAAGUCGCAGUGAAUGGGGAGCAACACAACCAGGGGGAAAGGUAGAUAAUUUACAACACAUUCCAAGGUACGUCAUUAUAUCACACAGCGGUUCAGGCAUCAACGCACUCACAGAACACCAAUGUGCAGAAGAAGUACGUUCAAAUCAGACCUACCAUAUUUAUAACAGAGGUUGGUCUGAUAUUGCAUACAAUUUCUUGAUUGGAGAGGAUGGGAAUGUAUAUGAGGGCCGUGGAUGGGGUAAAGAAGGGGCUCACACCAAAGGACUUAACAAAGAGAGCAUAGGAAUUUGCUUCAUCGGAAACUUUGAUAGACGACUUCCAAAUCAGAAAGCACUUGAAGCUGCUAAAGAUCUGAUUCGACGGGGUGUAAAAGAAGGCAAAAUACGAACUAAUUUCAUUCUGAAGGGACACAGAGAUUUCAGUAAUACUGCGAGUCCUGGAGAAUGCCUCUAUCAAGAUUUGCAGAAGUGGCCUUUUAAUCAUGGAAAAUGA